UUGCAGAGAACUUGUGGUCGCCCGCACUCACAGAGACUGAGAUUGUGAUAAAAAGAGUAAAAUGCCGUGCCUCAAUAUCUCAACCAACGUGAACCUGGAUGGCGUCGACACCUCCUCCAUCCUCUCCGAAGCCACCUCUACGGUGGCUAAACUCAUCGGAAAACCUGAGGCUUAUGUGAUGAUUGUGUUGAAGGGUUCAGUGCCCAUGUCAUUUGGUGGUUCCGAGCAGCCAGCCGCCUAUGGCGAGCUGGUAUCCAUUGGAGGCCUAAAUCCUGAUGUGAACAAGAAACUGAGUGCUGCAAUAGCUGGACUUCUCGACACCAAGCUGCAAGUGCCACCGUCACGGUUCUUCCUCAAAUUCUUUGACACCAAGGGUUCCAACUUUGGAUGGAACGGUUCAACCUUCUGAGUCAGGUGAUGUCUAACUUUAUCGAAACGUUGAUAUUGUCUUUCCAGUGUGCUUUAUUUCUACGGUGAAUUGCUGCCGAUUAAAUUCGGCAAAACACAUUAUGGCAUUAUGUCUUUUUAUCUAUGCGUUUUAUUAGGAUAAUGACAUGCAGACAUUAAUGGACACCGAUGUUGAACAAAGCCUAUAUGAAGUUAUGGCACAUGAUUCAAUAAUUGGAGUGAAAACUACUUUUACUUUGUCGA